AUGGAUUUGGAUAAGUUUUCUGCUCUUGACAUCUUCCUGUUCGCGAUCACAUUCCUCUUGUCCGCCGUGAUCGGGCUUUAUCAUGGCUGUCGCUCACGGAGGGCGAACACGCGCGAGGAAUACCUCUUGGGCGGCCGGAAGCUGGGCCUCUUCCCCGUCACAGCGUCGCUCGUGGCCACGGCCGUGUCCGGAUCGACGCUCCUUGGCCAGGCGGCCGAAGUGUAUGUGUACGGAACGCAAGCCUGGCUCCUGGCUGGAGUCUGUUACAUAAUGUCCAUCAUUGUGCCCAUCGUCUACCUCCCAGUCUUUCUGGAGGUUGGGGAAUUGUCUAGCUUCAAAUACUUGGAGCUGAGAUUCAGUCGCUCCGUGAGGAUCUUCGCGAGUGUUCUGUACUCGAUCGUGUCACUCUUAUUCCUAUCAGUCACUGUUUAUGUGCCCGCACUGGCUGUCCACGAGUUCACGGGAGUCUCAGUGCACUUGACCACGGGUCUGCUGACCAUCGUAUGCGUCUUCUACACAGCCAUCGGCGGAAUAAAGGCCGUGGUGUGGACGGACGUCUUUCAGAUCACUCUCACGCUCGUGUCCUCGAUCAUCGUGGUGAUAGUGGGCGCUCAGCAAGUGGGUGGAUUCGGAAAAGUCUACGAAGCCACAAAUCGAGGAGGAAGACUCGUGUUCUUCAACUUAGAUCCUGAUCCCACAGUCCGAUCAACGUUCUGGGAAUACUUGUUCAGCAUGACCCUCGUGGCCAUUUAUCAGUUCGGCAUCAGUCAGACGAGCACUCAGCGCUUUCUGGCGCUCUCGGACCUCCGCAAAAUGCGCCUGGCCUUGUGGGGCCUCACCUUAUUCUUCACAAUAUUCCUCCUCCUCUCUCAGACCAUCGGAGCCAUCAUCUUCACCACUUACGAGACCUGCGAUCCCUUCAAGGCGGGCCUCAUUCGCAAGAUCGAUCAGAUUCUUCCGCAUUACAUCGAGAGAACAGCCUCUGUCUUGCCAGGAUUCUCGGGAAUCUUCAUUGCUGGCAUUUUCUGCGCCAGUUUAUCGUCCACCUCGUCCUUCCUCAACACUCUCAGUGGCUCCAUCUACGACGACUUCCUGUCCAGACGCUUCAGGAAUGCCUCUGAGGCGAAAGCCAGCAAUAUUGUGAAGUUCAUAGUUGUGAUCCUGGGCAUUGUGCAGAUGUUCCUGCUGCUGCUGAUCGAGAAACUCGGCACGAUCUUCAACAUGACGGCGCAGUGCUUGGUUCUGGCCACUUCGGCGCUCCUCGGACUCUUCACGCUGGGCAUGCUGUGCCGCAGAGUGAACACAAGAGGAGCUUUGGCUGGUUCAAUCGUAUCUGUUGUCGCCAUUUCGAUACUCACAAUUGGAGGACUUUACAAGAGUCGCGAUCCAUUUCUUCCCUUGAGAACUGAUGGAUGUGAUCCUGAAAUUUUCAACGCCACAACAUUGCCUCAAACUCCCGUAGAGUCAACUGACGGCAGCGACAUUCCGUGGGUGUUCAAGAUCCACUUCCUCUACCACGCUUUAAUAGGCUUCUCGCUGAACCUGAUCGUAGGAUAUGUUGUCAGUGUCCUGACAGGAGGAAAUCCUUCGGUGGAUGAAAAACUCUUGGCGCGAUUUUUGAGAAGAACUCAGAAGGGCGAAGAAGAAGUAAAGCUCAAUGAUGUGAACGGAGAAAAUGGAAAAGUGUUGUUUUUUCGAAGUGAAUAAGAAUAUUCAAGUAUGUUGAAUAUGCAAAUGUGAUUAAAUUCUUGCCAUAUUUCUAUGUAAAGUAUUUGUUUGUUCUACUUUUUAACACGAUGACAGAGAAUAAGUUGCGAUUAAUAAAUAAUGUAUUAUAAAAAUAAAUAAUUGCUUGUCUGACAGCAAUUAAUUUAUCAAUGUUAGAUUAGGUUGUAUAAUUUUCCUGUAAAGUUAUUGAAUGAAAGCAUGGGUGAGAAUGAGAAGAAAUAAAGAACUUUCUAUGUUAAAUAAAUAGAUGGAAAUCUAUUCGCUUCACCUGUGAAAGAAGAA